AUGAAGUGCCUGGCAGUUCUCUUCACAAUUGUUGCUGUCACCGAGUGUAUCACUAAGGUUCCUUUGGAGAGAGGGAAGAAGUUGAGAGACGUUCUCAGAGAGAAAAAUUUGCUGGAAGGUUUUCUUCAGAGGCACCCUUAUGACAUUGGUACAAAAUACCACACUUUUUCCAGUGCUGCCCAAGUGGCCAAUGAACCACUUCUGAACUCCUUAGAUACUGAAUACUAUGGAACAAUCUACAUUGGAACUCCUCCACAGAAAUUCACUGUUGUUUUUGACACUGGAUCUUCCAAUCUUUGGGUACCCUCCAGUGACUGCAGCAGUCCAGCAUGUCGAAACCAUCAAAGGUUCAGUAUGUCCCAAUCUUCCACCUUCCAGAGCACACAGCAGACUAUAUCCAUUGAAUAUGGUACAGGAAGCAUGGAGGGAAUCUUAGGAUACGACACAGUGAUGGUGUCCAGUCUUACUGAUGCUCACCAGAUGUUCGCUCUCAGCACCAAUGAGCCUGGCUUCAUCUUUGUCUACUCUAAAUUUGAUGGGAUCCUGGGAUUAGCCUACCCCUCCAUUGCUAUUGGUGGAGCAACUCCUGUGUUUGAUAACAUGAUGAGUGAAGGCUUAGUGCCACAAGAUUUAUUUUCAGUUUAUCUCAGCCGAGAAACAACUGGAAGUGUAGUCAUUUUUGGUGGAAUUGAUGAAUCAUAUUUUACUGGUUCCAUUAACUGGAAUCCUGUCACAGAACAAGGUUAUUGGCAGAUUGCUAUGGACAGUAUUUUAGUGAAUGGCGAGGAGAUUGCCUGCAGUGGUGGUUGUCAAGCGAUAGUUGACACAGGUACCUCUCUCUUGGCUGGCCCACCAGCUUCCAUAUCCAAGAUACAAAAUGCUAUUGGUGCUACUCCAGCGAACUAUGGCCAGUAUGACAUCAACUGCAAUAACCUCUCCAAUAUGCCUGAUGUUGUUUUCGUGAUCAAUGGAAUCCAGUAUCCACUGACUCCAUCAGCCUAUACCAAUCAGGUCAUGCAAGGAGAUUGCACAAGUGGUUUCCAAAACACAUCUGGGGACCUCUGGAUCCUUGGAGAUGUGUUCAUAAGAGAAUACUACAGCAUUUUUGACAGGGCAAACAACCAAGUGGGACUAGCAAAGGCUGUUUAG